AUGGAUGAAUUAUACUUAACUAAAAUUGAUGUUGGACAAUCUAAUAAAGAAUAUCAAAUUAAAACUGUCAAUAGAAUAGAUAAUAAUCAAUUAAAUUUAGUAACUAUGAAUGAAAUAAAUCAAUAUCAUUCAAUGAUAUUUAAUCCAUAUAUACAAUCAAUCAAUAAAGUAACCAUAUUGAAUUUACAAUACCCUAAAAUACAAAUACAGAAACGAUUAUUAAAUAUUUUACAAAAUUUAUUAUUAAUUUUCAGCUUUUUACAAUUUUGUAUCAUUAUUUAUUUAAUUAAUCAAUAUGAUAUAUAUUUAAGAUUAAGAUCACCAUUAAAUGAUUUACCAAAUUAUACAGCUACACGAAUACCAUGGAUACCUGAACAAUAUAAAUUAAAAAAUCAAAUGAAUAUAAUUUGGUGGUCAAUUUGUAUGAUUUAUAUGCCAUUAAUGAUAAUAUUUUGUAAAUAUUACUUAGAGUUUAAUGAAAAUGAACUUAACAAAGAAAAGGAUAAAUGGAUAAUGAAAGGAGAUAUACGAGAAUCCCAGUCAGAACAGUCUUAUAAGAAGAUAGUAUGUGGUAAAAAAUUUCGUCAACUCAUACCAGUCUGUUGUUUUACGACAAGUAUAUUUUUAUGGUUAUUCUAUCUCAUAGGUUUUUAUAACUGUUUAUAUUUUAUCCAUUACAAUUAUUGGCGCAAAGUUAUACAUAAUUGGCUUUAUCAAUUACAUAGUUUCUAUUUAUUAAAUUUAAAUGAAUCAUCUAAUGAAAUCUCACAAAUAUCAUCACUAAAAACGCAUCAUCUACUAGAUGAUGGUGAAAAUUCAUUUUUGAUCAUUGAUAUUAUUCAAAAUAUGUUUGAAUGUUGUGGAAUUGAUAAAGGGUAUAUGGAUUGGAUAUCUAAUCAUAUGAAAAGACCAUAUUUGCAUACUUAUCAAAAUUUGAUGAGAAAUGUAAAUGAUUCCCAUGAAGCAAAUUAUUCCGUUGAAAUAAUAACGAAUACUAGUGUACCAUUUAGUUGUUAUAAAAGAAUCAAAUAUAGUUUAGGCGGAAACAAUAUACUACUUACUAAUCGUAAUAAUAUUAGUUUAGUUAGUGGUAAUGAAUUAUUUCAUAAUAAAGGAUGUGUUGAACCAAUUUUAUACUUUCUUACAUCGAAAUGGAUGAAAUUACAAAUGUUAUGCCUGCUAAUAAUUAUACACACAAUGAUUCCUCAAAUGAUCGUGAUGUUGGCAAAUAUUCAAAUGGAAGAAUUAUGGAAAGAAUUAAAAACACUAGUGAAUACAAUUAUAAACACUACAAAGAAUGGAAUAGUGAAAUUUAUAGAAAUAACGAAAACUGGAAUAUCUCGAUUAAAAAGAUUUUUUCUCGUACAUAAUUUUAACAUAAAAAAUUAUGAAGGAUACUUUGAAAAAUUAUUAGAAUCAGAUGAAACAUUUUACAGCAAACAAUUAACUAGACAUGAAUUAGGUGCUGUUAAUCAAGAAAUAGAACUCAUUGAAACUACACUUCAAAAAUCUCCAUCGAUAUUAGAUCAAAAUUCUUAUCAAGAACAACAUCAACAACAGAGUCAACAAAUCAAACGAUCAACUAGACCAGGACAAAAACGAAAUUAUUAUCAGCUAACAAAUCAACAACAAGAACAACAACGACAGCAACAAAAGCACCGGCAGUACUCAGUGGAAUAUGCUUCACAUGAAAAUUCGAUUAUAUUUACAAAUUUAAAUAGAAUUCCUGUAAAUAAAUUACAUAAAUCAUAUGUACAUAUUAGAUCUAAUGGAAAAUUAGAUAAAGUCAAUUCACAUUUAAAUGAACGACCAAUAUGGAAAUAUACUUAUAAAGUAUAA